AUGGUCAACUUCAUCACUAAAUCCCGUAUGGGAGAGGGUGAUCAUAAUUUUCUUGUGGGAGGAGAGUCAUCAAACCAACCCGAACCAGAGGCCUUCGACAAACAAAUCCGAAAGGAAUUUCGGGUUGAUGAUUGUAUUGUGGCAGAAUUUGAAGUUGGAUCACUUUUGUCAAAAUCUAAUUUAUUUAUUUGUAAAGACCGAAUCCUCAACAAGAAACCAAAACUGAAUAUUUCAUACAAAGAUAUUUCAUCGUUAAAAUGUGUCAAGAAAAAGGUGACAUUUAUUUAUGGCACUGAUAAUGAGCAAGUGAUUUUGAAAUGUAAGAGUAUCGAAUCCUCAACUUCAAUAUACAAUUUGGUGAAAGAGUUGUAUCACAUUCAAGUUGGAAAGGUCUUAGAGACAAUUGAAUUAGGAGAAAAGAACUCACAACUUCAAAAUGAAACAAUGCCUCCAAGAGCUUCCACCAAUGAAGAGAAUAAGAAUGACUCAGAUAACAAGAAGCCUGCAACUGGAGGAAUUGUUGCUCAAAUGUUAGGGAAAACCACUAUGGACUUUAAGGUUUUAAUACUUGAUCAACAUGAUUAUAGAGAAACAACUAUGUCACUUCAAAAACAGUCAUUUGCAUACAGUUCGCAUGAAUUCAAAUUUUCAGAAAUUACUCAAUUCUCAAUUUCGAUUUUACCUUUUCAUUUGCAAAUCAAACUAGAUGACAAUCCAAAAAUGAAAUCAAUUACAUUAUUUUGUAGAGACUAUAUAUCAUUUGCUAAAACUCUUAAAAAGAAACAUCCCACAUUGGAAAUUAAUUUUUCUCCUAAUUGCAGGGCAAGCAAAAUUAAAGGAGGUUGGUGUAACGAUGUUGCCAUUUUAGGAGGAUCAGAGUCAGGUUCUGGUCAGCCACCUGUAAUUAUGAUGUUAAAACCCACUGCAGGAUCAGCUCACAAGAAAGUGUCAUCAAUGGUAUCUCCUCUUGCUGAAGCAGAAAAGAAAUUGGAUGAUUUCACAACAAGUGAUAAGGCAGUGGAUCAACAGCCAAAAGAGAAAACAACAUCAAACAAAAUAGAUUUGGGAGAAGUUAAAACAGCUCCUCCGCAUUUGAGAAGUAGAUCUGUAUUUACACCAAACUUUUCUCCUUCAACAGCCACACUGAGACCAAUUACAUCUGUCAAACAAUUGAGUGACAAGAUUGAAAGCUCACCAAUUGUUACUGGAAAUACAUUCAAAGGAUCUCCAACCAUUGUUGCGACUCCUGAAAAAUCUGUAAAGUCAUCACAAGAACCAAAAGCAAUUUCUGAUGUUAUGACUCCAAGUAGUUCAUCCAACACAACCGAACCAACGAACGAGGAGGGUAAAAUGGUUCAUUUAAAUAUCGGAAGAGCAAAGCAAGCAAAAAGAGCACCAAGAAAGGCUCCAAGCAAAGACAAGAAUGCAUUGUUUGAAAAAUUAGAAGAUGCUUCAAAGGAGCGAGUGAUUGUGGUUGGUUCUGAAAAGUCUUCAGAGAUUUCUGCUUCUACUUCCUCAGUGCUUGUUGAUUUGGACCAAAUUACCACACACAGACAGAGGAAAUCAACAGUCUCCUCUGAGAAGGAUGAAAACGCUGCUGAAGAAAUGUACACCGUGUAG